AUGCGCACCACUUCCAUAUCGUACUUUGGCAGCGCACGAAUGGAGGCGGACCAUAUGAUGUUGUGGAAGAGGUUCGCACUAUCGGACGAACUCUCUCCGUCGAUCGGCAUAGCUUCUGUCGCUAUCCAGUGCAUACUCUAUGGCAUGCAUCUUAUUCUCGCUGCGUUCACCGUUUACGUUCUCGGCUCUGCAGGAUUUAAAACAUGGACCAGAGCUCCUCUGCUUCUCACGACGUUGAUCACUAUCAUAACAGCAACGAUAUAUGUCGCACUUUCCCUCGAUUGGGCGGUCAAGCUGCUCACCCCGGCAGAUGGCGUCUAUGCAUCAUCGUGGGGGCUGACGCCGUUCGAGCUGGCCUUGGAGCUGUUGCCGAAUAUAAACUAUAUCUGUAGCGACGGAAUCCUCAUUUGGCGAGCUAUUGGAGCUGCACUCAAUCCCGGCCUGAACCUCCUAAGCAGAAUGGAGAUUCGAGACCGAAGCAUCUUCUCCGCCUGGGUUUUAUCGCUCUCCACGAACCUGGUAGCGACAGGGUUGAUAGGUUUCAAAGCUUGGCGAUAUCGACGCACAAUCAAAGUCAACCUCGGUGAUACGAGUGUUCAUAGUAGGACAUCGGCACCAAAGAUCAUGUUGCUCUUGAUAGAGUCUGGUGUACUCUAUUGUCUUUUCUGGAUGCUCCUGAUCGGGAUGAACGUCAGCUUCGCUACCGAGGUGACUAUGAACUUGAAUGUGAGGUUUACAGGAAGCAUCCUGCAGGAUGCCUCUGUUCAACUCUCCGGGAUAUACCCAAUAACAAUCAUAGUUCUGGUCGCUUUGCGUAAAUCCGUCGCCGACAUCCUCCUCACCGAACCCGACCUAUCAACUUUUCAAGCUGGGGGGCGAUCAGGUCUUCGCCCGCCACCACAAUCUAUUUCAUUCCCGCAGUCGAUGUCGUUUGCGACGAGGUCAACGCCUACGGGGAUAGUACGAUCGGGAGACAGGAAUCUGACCGUGGACAGUGACAGGUUGUAUGAUGAGAGGGAUAUGGAGGUGGGUGGGAAACCUUCCACUGUCACUGCGCAAGUUCAAGCUCCUAGGAGCGAAGGCGCUAGACCUGAGCCAACAGUAGCCAAUCUCAAUGCCGGGCUCUUUGGAGAUCCUAUGGGGUGGACCUUCGGCAGUCCUGAGACGAACUACCUGGAUCGUAGACAGUGCCUCGAGGAUAUCAGGAAUGACCCGAACACCAAGUUGACGAUGCUCUCUCUCCCCAAUGAUCGAGGAAGGGAGGAGAGGUGGAAAGAGAUCGAGAACAAUGUUUUAGCCAUGGACACGAAGGUGUACGGGGCUCACCCGGACUCGGAUGAUCGCUCCGUUCGCUGGACACAUUUCGAGAAAAUACGCGGUGGCACCGUCUGGUUCACAAUUCGAUGGUGGUCCGGAGGAGAUCUGGGAUACUACUUCGAUCUCGUGGACGUUCCUAAUAGAAGGCUGCUGUCCCUCAGAAAAGACCUACCCAACCUGGUGGUUGCAUACAAGUACAUGUUUACUGGUGAUACGCUGCGCACAAUCGAGGAGGAGACUCGUCGAGCUCAUGAUGGGCAGGAGCUUGAGGGAACAGGUGAAGAGCGUUAUUUGGUUCCACAUGGGUCCCAGUUAUACUUUUAUCAUCAAUGUUCCGAUGGACCGCGUUUACGCAUUGCGACUGUCCCGACCCCUGUCCCCGAGCCUGUCUACGAAGGAUAUGUUCCCGAAACUUUCAACCUCUUCCAUGAUUGA